AUGACUGAAACAAAAUUAACUGGUGAAGUCAGUAAAGUUGAUCGAUCAAUUGACCGAUUGAAAACAUGUCCAUUAUUAUUACGUGUUUUUUGCAAUAAAAAUCGUCAUCAUUUAGCCAGGGAAUAUGAACAAGGACAUACACCAGAAAAUGAACUUCAAAUUUAUACUUGGUUAGAUGCAACAUUAGGAGAAUUGACACAAUUAAUCAAAGAAGUUAAUCCUGAUUCACGUCGUCGUGGUACACAAUUUUUAUUUUCAAUUGUUUCUGCUGAUGAAUCACGUAAUCGUUAUUAUCUUACGGAAAUUGGUAAAACUGAAAAUGGUCAAAAACGUCCUGAAGAUAAAAUACAAUUAGGAAAUAAACGUUUUCGAAUAGGUGAUUAUCUUGAUGUUGCUAUUAUGCAAAAAAGACAAGAACAAUCAACACCAAAUUCACGACGUGAUCGAGCUCCUCAACAAUCAUCUGAAGAUAAUAAUAAUAAUAAUAAUAACAAUAAUAAACGACGUAAUGGUCCAAAUAAUGAAAGAAAUGGUGGUGGACCUAUGCGAUCAGCACCACGAAAUGAUCAUCGUGAUCGUCCAUAUUAA